GCCACCUAGCAAAUAUCGCCACAUAAACAAACUCCUCACAGCUCGCACGGUCGCACCUACAUAGCGUGCUCCCGGUCCGCUUCCUCCGGCCGAUACGCCAACCCAAAUGCCGACGACGACGAGCGCGUCGCCGGCGGCGACCGCGCACCGCCGCCGGAGCCGCCGCAAGGCGCCCCCGCCGCGCCAGCCCUGGUGCUGCUCCUUCGGUCUCGACCCAUCCACCGCGGCCGCCAGCCGGAGCCCCCUCCCCGCGCCGCCGCGAGCCAAGCCGCCGCACCAGCUCGCGCCGCCGCUCUCCCGCCGCAUCCGCUCCCCGGGGCGCGUAUCCCCCAUCGAUGACCCAUCCUUCGCUGCCGCCGCGGGUUCGUGUGUUUCCGCGCGGCUGUCGUCCGUCACCAAGUGCCCGCCGCCUCCGCCGCCCCCGCCGGCGGCGGCGGCGGUGGAUAGGACGAGGGAAACGCUGCGUCUGAGACUGGUUGAUAAAGGCGUGGUCUUGGAGGUGGAAGAGGUGGAGAGGGUGCGCAGGGAGAGCAAGGUGGUGAGGAAGGUUCUUCGGGGACGAGGCAGCGAGGUGGCGGUGGAAGGAAAGGUCGAGGUGGAGUCCUUCAGGGAGGUGGUGGAGAUGAUGCUGGAAGACGAAGACGAGACGGCUGCGAUGAGGCGGCUUGCUCGUGGUGGCGUCGCGCGAGCCAUCGGCGCUCUCGAGGUAUCCUUGUCACUUAUGUUUGACAGAGGAGUUAACAACUGUCUAAAGUAUCUUGAGGCUGUUCCAUGGAAUGAAUCUGAAGAGGACAUAAUAAAGAAAUUGCUUUCUCAGCAUUCUUCGUACAAAGCAGCUUUCAGAAAUCUGCUGGCAAGGUUACAGCCACAAAGACCCACCUCAUCUGCAGAACUGGUAGUUGAACUAGUCGAUUCCAUCACAAAGGGGACCAACAAUAAUGCUCGGAAAGAGCUGCGGAAUUUAGUCAAUGGUAUCCUGUCAAAGUCCUCUGUCUACAUAAAGGGAGAUAAAGAGCUGGACAAGAGGAGCAUUUACUGUAUCUGCCAUGCUUGCCUGAAUUCUCUGGUGGGAUUAUUUGACGAAUCUUCGGAUUUGGUCCCUGCUGAUCAAACCUCCAUUUCGUCAGUUGGAAAAGGACCACUUGAGGGAAUCUACAAGUUAGUUGAGGACACCAACUGGUUGCUGCAGAUUCUAAUAGACUGGCAGAUGGGAGAGGAAUUUGUUGAUGCAUGGGCCAACAAAAAGGCACUAAGAAGCAUGCACGAGCAAGUGUCGCCAAUGGUACGUCAUGAACUCAGCCGGAUUUCAGCGACAAUUUUUAUCGCCAUGGGGAAUGGGAAGCUCCAUUGUACUGGGGACAAAAGGUUCAGCUUCUUUCAGGCCUGGUUCAGGCCAAUGCUGGUAGAUUUCGGUUGGCUCCGGAGGUAUCCAAAGGGCCUCAAUGUGAUGACCCUGGAGGAAGGAAUCGGGCAAGCUCUGUUGACGCUCACGUUGGCGCAGCAGCAGAUGCUGUUAAUGGAGUGGUUCGAGGCAUUCAGUGGGCAAGGCCGGGAAUGCCCGAACCUUAUGAGGGCCUUCCAGGUCUGGUGGCGGCGGUCAUUUGUAAGAUCCUUAGGUAGUAGUAGCUGAGUGGGUUUCUGUCCUGCAAUUCAUCGCCUGAAUGUGUGCAUGCGUAUGUGAUUUGUUUAUGCUGCUAUGACAUAUGGUAUAGCUGGUGUGCCAGGUUUCCUGACGAAGGCUGGCUGAUCUGUACAUGUGAAUUCUUUAGCUGUCCAGAGAUGCAAGGAGCGCAUUCUUUGUGCAUAUAUCAGCUGCGACUGUUGACAAGCUGCACUGGAUGAGUAGUGUUGGUGCAAUCUGUUUAAUAAGAUUGAAUUUGAUCAGGGUCGUAAGAGAGUUCUACAUGCAGCCGUUGCUGCAGGAGAGAUGGAGCUUUUCUGUCUUGGGACAGAGAUCCAUCUUGGCUUCAGAAAUGCCAUCUGUAUUUGUACAUAUCACUACCAUGUAAAUGUCUGCUUGAUUUUUUCCUGGAUUGGAUAGUGUCAUCAUAUGGUACCAUGGCAACAUGUACUUUUUCUUGAAUUUUGUGCUUGUUUGUUUUUGGCA